AUGUCCGACAAUCAGCGUGGUGUCCUCCGGGACGCUCCAGAAGCAGCGAGAAUCAAUGCCCCGCCGCCAGCUUACCUUGACAAUUGCCCCAAACCUUCAGCCGCUGCGAACAAGGAGAACGUUCCCACUGGCACUGGCUCCUCUCCUACCGACAAAGCUGCUUUCACUCCAGCUGUCACUCCAGCUGUCACUCCAAGCCAACCUGCUCCCAACAACCGGAAGCGCAAGGCACCCGUGACUCCGCCGAACCCGCGGCCUCUGCCGACAUCCGAUGAACUCGAGGAUAUCAUCAUCGACACACCUCUCACCGACAACUGUGAUCAAGUGCGCCGUAAAAUCAAUCGCGCUCUCGAUGCGGGUAUCAUCACCAAGACGGCCUUGGCCGGAGAGCUUGGCGUGAGCGUAAAGUCUCUCAGCGGCUUUCUUCGCGAGCACGGUGCCAACAAAGGCCAAGGCUACAGCUCCUACCCUGCCGCGUGGGAGUACUUCAAGAAGCUCGAGGCUGUCGGUUACAAGAUCCCCAACAAGACAUCCGCUGCCAAGAAGCAGAAGACGGAUUCCGCCGCCGGCGCCGAGGCUGGAAGCUCCUCCGCUCAGGCGGCUGGUGCCAGCAACAGCGCGGGAGUCGAUAUCAGUGACGUCUAUCUCGAUGGCGAGGAGACUGAUGACGUGCCUGUUUACGAGACUUGUGAUGAGAUGCGGAGGAAGAUUGAUGCCUAUGUGAGGAAGCCUGGCGUCACCAUGGCGCAGUUCUGCCGCGAUAUCCACGCGCAGUUCCAUUCAAUUUCCCGACCGGCCAAUAUUCACACCUCGCAGUUGACCCGCUUCCGUAGUAUGAAGGGGGCCAAAGCGGGCGCCACCUCUUCCGUUUUCUAUGGCGCUUAUGUUUUCUUCGAGAAGUUGCGGAUCAAGGAGAAAAAGCCAAAGUCUAAGCAUCGCCAGGAUAUGGAGGAGAUCUGGCCUGAAGGGUUUGACCGUACCGACGACGGCCGAAAGUCGUACAUACUUAACAUCAUGGAGAACACUACCCAAGCCACCUCAUCCAACGCGCUACAACCAAGCAAACCUUACAAGCGCAAGCUCGUGAGCGUGCGUAAAGUUAUGGCAAAGAAGAAAAUCGAGGGACACUGCACCGCUGUCACGGUGGAUAACUGGACCGUGGUUGGCCAAACCUCCCAGAUGCGUCGCCUUAAGGUCGGCGAUCUGGUCGUCUUCAUGGAGAUCGAUUCGUUCAUCCCCAAGAUUGACAGGUUCUGGGAGCUCUGGCCCAGCAUGAACGAUGUUUUCAACGGAGAGCAAGGGCUCCGCGUCAGGUCGCGCACAGUGGCCGGCACAUACUCGCAGGGCAUGAUCUUUCCCCUUAUCAAUUUUCCCGAGAUUAUAUUGCCUUACCAAGGUCGCAUCGAGAAAGUCGGCGAGGACAAAGCCACAGAGGAACUCCUGUCCUACUCCUUCGCGGACGUCCUGGGCAUCAAGAAGUGGCAAUACCCUACUCACGAGCGGCCUGUCACGGGCAUCAUCGGCGAGCUCUCGGCGCUCAUCCAGAAGCCAGGCAAUUUUCGGAUUCAAGACAUCGGCGACUACGUCUUCAACACACACACGGUCAAAAACAUGAUCUACCAAGUCACGGAGAAACUCGACGGUAUCAGCAUGCACGUCUACAAGGUCUCCAACAAGUCGCCAGACCUGCUCACUUACUUCCCCGCCCUGAAGCCUUCGGCCGACGGCGCCCCCAUCCCUCCCACCAUGCAAACCCCUCGCGGCCGGGUCGGCGUCUGCAACCGCGACCACGAGUUCUUCGACGACGGCAAGAACAUCUACUGGGAAACCGCCAAGGCAAGCGGCAUUCUCGACAAAAUCCACGAGAUCCCCUACCGCAACAUUGCCAUCCAAGGCGAGCUGGUCGGUUCACACAUCCAGGGAAACACGAUGCAGUGUCCCGAAGGGAAACACGAGUUCGUGGUCUUCGGCAUCUGGGACAUGGACGCCCGUGAUUACCUCGCGACCAAGAGUGUCGAGCUGCUUUGCAAGACACUUGACAUCGCCCAUGUGCCGGUGCUCGGGUACGGUCCUGUUACCAAGUAUGGGAAGAGUGUGGAGGAGCUUUUGGCUUAUGCGGAUGCGCUUGGUCCCGGGAAAUUUGGCGAAAAGGGUAAUCUGCUAUGGCAAAACUAA